GCCCACAGCUUUGGGAAUCCUGACGGAGUAAAUGUGGUUCAUUUGGAAGUUGUAGGAAAACUAGACGGAAAUUUAUUUGACUUGACUCAGUUAUCAUGAAACAUGGAGACGGAUCUACUUCCUUUUUUGAAGGCUGACAUCAGAGAAAUAUUUGAAAUUUCUAUCAAAACUGGCUUCGGAUCAAGAAAGAGACGAAAACAAUUUUGGCGAUGAAAGACGGGUGUACAGCAGCCAGAGAUGAUGGACCAGGGCUAUCGGGAUGAGGCCCCGGACCCUCUGGAGCCCCCAACCGUACAUCUGAAUGAAGAUCGGGAUGAGGGGCAGCCAGACUGGUGCCAUGACGUGGAAAUGGAGACGAUGGGAGUGCUGCCACACAAGAGCCCCAAGAAGAUAUGGGAUGAGUUGGAAGGUCAUCCAAUUAGCCAAAUUGACAGAAUCCCAAAGCUGGCAGAGACCACAGACCAGCAGGUGAUGGGGCAGCAGCAAAAACACCAAGGUCAGGAGGUAGAGAUUGAUAUAGAGCCAAGUUCAAUUCCUCGACCACGGCAGGAAGUUCUGGGGACUGAAGUACUGUCUUGCCAUCAAAGCGAAGAACCAAUAAAUCCAGCAGGAAAACAUCAGGAAAAAGACUCUGUUCAAAAAGAUCCGACCUCUGCCCCAUUGACCCAACUGCAGCCUCAUGAAGGGUUGUUUGUGGGGAUGACAGACCUGUCAAGAUGCUGUCAGAGUCUGGAGAAAAAGUCCCAGGAGACUCUGAUGGUGCUCCCCUUGCCAAAUCCAGAGAAAGGUCAGUCAAUAAAGGGCCCUGAACCAGAACAAAUCCCACACCCACAGUGCCCAAAGUUGAUUGGACAAGAACUCCCACUUGUCCAAAGGGAGGAUGUGGGAAGUCAGGAGGAAACCUGGACACUCAUGCUCGAUUCAGAAGGACCUCAUUUGAUUGUCCCUGCCCAAGAAAAUGGUUCCAGGCGGAAGCCCCUAAAGUGCCAAGACUGUGGGACCGAGGAAGAAAUCAAUCAUGAGGAAGAGAUUCCCCAAGAAGAUGUCCAAGGAAAAUCAAAAUGGCAGCUUCAGUUCCUGGAGCAGAAGGUGGUGAAGGUGCUGAGGCUCUGGCAUCAUCAGCAAGUGGAAGGUGUUCUGAAGGUGUUGCAGCAGCACUUCUGGGAAGAGGAAGGACAGUCAAUGGCCCUGAUGCCGAGGAAAGAAAAGAGAAGCUUGAAAGUCACAGAGCAGCAGUGGCAGCUGAAGGAGAAGGGCCUGGAGGUCACCACAAAGCUCCACGAGAGGCAGGACUCAGGCUGCUCCCAGGGAUGUCCAUUUGGCUAUCAAGGGGAUGAUCAAGAGCUUUCUCUCCCUGCUUUCCAAGAACAAGAAGUGUCUGAGCUGGUGCAUCGGGGUUCCUGCCCCGGUAAGAAGAGCACCACAGAAAUGCCACAGAGGGGAAAUGAAGACUGGCCAACCCGAGAAAAUGAGACUUCGGCCAGACCUGAUCAAGGUGAGGAAGAAGCCGAGCUGAAGAGACUGGAAGGAAACAUUCCCAGAAGGAACGGUCCAUGGCAGCCGCAGGAGCGGCAGCGGCCAGAAAAGGAGGUGCUGCAGCUGCUGCGGGAGCAGCAUCGCUGCCAAGAAGACGCCAUUCUGAGGGUGCUGCGGCAACAGAGGGACCACCAUGGGGAGGCCAUCCUGCAGGCCCUCCGGAAACUGCCGCAGCAGGAGGAUGCGAUUCUGGUGACAUUGCGCCGACAGUGGCAGGUCCAGGAGGAAGCCAUCCUGGAGGUCCUCAGGUUACAACAGCAGAUCCAAGAGGAAAUGGUUGGGAAAGUGAUGCGGCAGCCCCGACCUGCAGAAGAGGAGGAGCAAGAGCUACCUGAGUGGGAAUGGUCUCUGACGGCGGGUGAGCUCCACUGCCAGGGAGAAGGGAGGCCCUGGCCUCCACCCUGCGAGCAGGAGGGCGAUGCAGAGAUGAUGGAGCGGAGAUGGUACCGGAACAGAAAGGACAGAAUGUGUGAGAGGGCAAGGCUGUGGGGUGUAACUGGCUUGGGCCAAGACUGGGAAGCCAAGGAGGUCGAGUCACAGCAACAGUUGCGAUAUCAGCAACAGGCACAGCAGCAGCCAGAGCAGUCACAGCUGCAGCAGCAGCCACAACUGCAGCAACAACAAUCCCAAGAGCUGGACAGUCUACCACAAAACCUGGGUCAGGAUGAGCCAAGUAGCCAGGUGGUCAAACACAGUGAGAACAAAGAAAAGCAAUCCAAAAAACCUACAAGGGAAACGCCUAAUUAUUUUGUAGCAAUUCCUAUAAGAAAUGAUCAGAUUUUGAAUAAAAUUGAAGAUGUGCAGGAACUUAUAUACACUAAAGAUCCUGAACUGCUGAAAGCACUGAUUCCUGUCCAGACACUUCACAUCACCCUUACUGUAGUUCACCUGGGAACUGACCAAGACGUACAAAAGGCUAUUUCAGCACUGGAACAGAGCAAAGCUAAAGUGGAUGCCCUUUUGCAGGGAAAACCCCUCAACUUGACAUUUCGAGGGAUCGGCCAGUUUAACAACCAAGUGAUCUAUGUGAAAAUGUCUGGAGAGGAACAGCAAAUCCUGAGCAAGAUUGCAGAUGUUGUGGAGAGCUCUUUCCGUGAAAUGAGUGUAGACAUCACUGGUGGCAAAGAUUUCAAACCACACCUGACAUUUCUCAAGCUCUCCAAAGCUCCAGUCCUGAGGAGAAAGGGUUACAGGAAGAUUAGUUUGGAUUUAUAUAAAGAAUAUGAAGACAGCCCCUUUGGAACUGAAAUCUUAAGUCAAAUCGACCUUUGCUCCAUGCAUAAGAAGAAGCAGGAAUCUGGAUACUAUCAUUGUGAAUGUUCAAUUAAAGUCACUUCUCCGACACUGGACAAGAAUCUACCUAUGAAGUCGGAAUAUUUGGAGGAGCUAGUUACCAAGGAAUCCCCCAGAGUUGUUCCUGACACGGAAAUUGGAGAUGUUAAUGGAAGUCAUAACUAUAUCUCACAUACAGAAGAAGAUUGUGACCAACCAGCUGAAAUUACCUCAGCAGUUGGAGAUAAAUGAGAAAAAAAGGAAAUUCCCCAAAUAAAGGGUGUUUUUAGGCUCAAAUGGUGAGGCUUUCUCUACAGAUGGGAGGGAAUGGCUUCAAGUCAGUAUUCCAGUUCUUGCCAACACACCCAAGUGCCUAAGAGAGUGUUGUUGAGACCAAAACCAAAACCAGCAAAAGAUGACAGUUGGCAAUAUGAAGAGUUGAAUCAACAGCAACAGUGUCUGAGCAGCCUGCACAGAUAGAGAAACUUGUCCCAGUCUUGGGCUAACCGUAGAAGAAUUCCUCUUAGAAUUGGACUGAGAGGCAGAAAAUUAAGCUGCUGGGUACCUUUGGGCCUGGGUGCUAGAACAAAGACUAAAAUAUGCCGUCUCGUUUGAAUGCCAUCUGCUGAAGCAUAGAGAUCUGGGUAGGUAAAAUUAUUGCAAAAAUGCCAUCACAUUAACACUGGUUGAAAGUAAUAUUUGAGGAUGCAUUAGCAUGUGCAUUGAUUUUUCAAGCUCAAGCCUUGUUUCCUACGUGGGGAUGCUCUAGUUAAAGCUUUUUCCAACAUGAUUGUCAAUAAUUAGAAUACUAGUUUUUCCAAAAAAUGUUGUCUUCCUCAAAAUCAAAAGCUGGUAACAUUAAUUUCAGAUAGUUUAUCAAUGCUAUAAAGCUAUUAACUUGCCACUCCAUCCCAUGAAAAUUUGAUAUGUUUCAGGAAAUCUGAGUUGGUAGAUACAACUUUGUUGCUGAUACAUGAGAGAGAAUUAAGAUCGAUGGCCCAAUUCUAAUUGACCAAACAGAAUGUCUUUUCCCAGAACCGUAAUAGAUAUCAAUUUUGGUAUUUUGCCCACUGAAUCUUAGUUUGGUGCUUUUAGGAAUGUGUGUAGAGUAAAAAACAAAUAAAAUAAAAUAAAAAAAUAAGAUCAUGUAAACCAGUAGAUGGCACCAACAGGAAAAGACACUUGACUUGAAGAGUUUGAAAAGACUCGGCUGUUUCGAUACGGUGGUUUUUAGCCUAUCCUAAAAUCUGCAGUACAACCUCACACUGAGAGGAGUGAAAAUAUAUUUUGAAAAGAUAUGAGAAGAACAUACCCUAUGCUCUCCCUUUUGAGUAUAUGAGCUUGUAGGUCUCUCUGUAGGACUGCGAUUUCAUAACAGUAAGCGCACUUGCCCUUCAGUUUUCAUUAAAACAAUUUUUCACUGAUGUGAGCAUAAAAAUUAUUCAUCCGUAUUGGGAAGACAGCAGGUGGUAAAAAUGGUUUAUCCACAGCCAACAGAGUACUAAUGGACUGUUUUUGUAAGAUACAGCUUGCAGUUCACAAAGAUAUUUAUUUGUUAAGCUUCUGUACAUUUUUACUAUGGGAAUAUCCUCCACAGGACAAGAACUUACAAGAGCUGAAAAUAGUGUUUAAUGUUUAAUGAAGGCAUCAUCUACCAAUUCAUUUUAUAGCAGGUGAGCUGUGCUCUGUGGAGAGCAGGGAAGAGGAACUAGAGACAUAAAUGGGAGGAAUUUACUGAUGUUCCAGUCUCAGCAUCUUCCUAUAGGUGUCCCUCAAGGUCAAUUACACUGUGCACCACGAAUGAGAACAAAAUGGGUAAAUGAGAUAUAUUUUUUUUAAGAGCAAGAGAUGGAUGAAAAUUUGUGGAGACCAGAAGCCCUAACUGGCUUGUAUUCCUCAGCCUCCAAAUGAUUUUUCAGUCAAGUUCCACAUGAAAUGCAACAGUGACCGAGUCUUUAAUAAUUCAUAUUUGAGAGGGGUGAAGAGUUGCAUCCUAUUGUGAUGAAUACAUCAAAUGGAUUAUGUAUCCUAGCACCCAAACCACACUCCCAAACCACUACAGCUCCUCGAGAGGAGCCAGAUUGACUUUUUUUCUCAGAUGCUGGUGGCACUAGGCCAUUGAACUGAGCUCAGGACUGGAAUUCCCAUCGACCUCAAAGGGUCUGGUAUAUUGAAGGGAUCAAGGACUAUGUGAGCCUAUAUAGUUUGAAGGCUGACUUCUGACAGAGCAUAAAACGUUGGAAUUUGGAUGUGGUGACUUAAAAGAUGAUUUCUUGUUUCAUUUGAAAGUAACCUGUAGAUAUUUGAGCCUGAGAAAAUCAGUACUGCUGAAAGCCUAGAAUUUACUAUUGUUGAAAAGGUCCUAAUAGAGAUGCUUUCUGGCUAUGAUGCUCAGUCCCUUAACUUGAUAUGGCAGUUGUACCAAAACAAGUUUGCAUAAUGCAGAAGCUAUGUCCUCGCUCAUUGAAAAUGCUGAAAGUGUUCUGGUUCCAAAACAUUCUUUUUCUGUUUUUCAUAUUUAUUUUCCUAUGCCUGUUUUCUCAUUCCCAAAUUGACUGUUCCCAAACAGGUCAUUUUGCAUUUAAGAACUGGGUAGGAGAGGUGAUGCAUUUUAAAAUGAAAAUAAUUAACGACUGAUGAUUCUGGUCCCUGCCUGGUUGCAGGCUCAAGCAAGAUAACAAUGUAAAAUGAAUAAAUCUGGAGUGAAAAAUCAU